GGUCCUUCUGUUUGGUCUCCUCGUCCGUUCCUUUUCACGCAAGAAAAUUUUGCCGUACGAUGCUGAGGCAGUUCACGACAUCAUACUCGACAGGGGACCGUAUCAUGUAAUAGGUGCAGCAGCAUUCGCACAAUACAAUAUGUGGCUACUAAACCGCAAGUCGACCACACAGCUAAUGCGACUGGAGGUCUGGGACUACUUCGUCGACACCCUUCAUUUAUCACCAGAAGAUCCCGCCGUAUUUCCUUACAGAGAGCUCCUGGAAGUAUCAUUCUGUAUCUUCUGUGCAGUAUUAGAUACCGCCCUACAAGCUUUGGAACCCGGUCCCUACAAUUCGUUCUAUCAUCGGAACGAACCUUGUCCAUGGCGGACAGGCUGAAGGCAUUCAAGAUAGCGGACGUCGAAGAUGUCAGCCUCGCAUCGCUCAACGAGUCAGCCGCCAACUUCCUCCUGCAAAAGAUGAAAGGCGCCCUCAGUGGAUCUUCCCUUGAUCAGCCGUUUCCUAUGAACUUCAAACUCACAUACGCCGAAGUGAAUCGGGCUAUGCGGAUCAUAAGCGUGCCAUGUCUUUCUUCCUAAAUAUAUACUC